AUAGAAACAUUUCCUGCCCUAGGUUAAUUACCUUUUGUUUUGAUGACAUCGCUUAUUCAAAGCCUGAAUGAUAGAGGCUGUAGGCUAUUUUUUUUAUGUCUAAAUUAUAUAUUGAUUGAUAAUCUACUGUUUGACAUGUGAUAAUGUGGGCAACGCAGCGACUACUGCCAUAAACACAAACGGCAAAGUAUAUAUAUAUUGAUUGAUAAUCUACUGUUUGACAUGUGAUAAUGUGGGCAACGCAGCGACUACUGCCAUAAACACAAACGGCAAAGUACCCUAAAGAGGCGGAACAUACGGAAGGCAUUCUAAAAACAUAAGUUAUAUUUAAUUAUUUGUAGCCUAUAUUUCGUAAGCUAAAUGGCAAAAGGCCUAUGCUCACGCCACGCACUCUUGCACAUGUUGCCCACAAACUUAGAUGGAAGAUGGACAAAGUGAGAGACGGCGAGAGAGCAGAGGAGGGACGAGGGAAAGGGAGAAAAUUGAGUGGGACAUGUUGGACAUUUCGAGCUUGUUGUCUUUUCCAGGCGAGCUGCCAAACCCCCCUUAUUCCCUUACAAAAUCAUUUGCAUGCCCGGUUUAGUAGGCUACAGUUACAAUACGAUCGAUGAAAGCUGAUUGUGCAAUUAAAAAGGUUUUCUACUGAGUAAAUGAGCAGGGUGUGUUUAAUGAUAGUUCUCAUACAUUGUAAAGUAUUCACGGAUUUAAGACAACGUGUUGCCUUUAUACCUUUAGCAUAGCCAACUUGGUCUGCAUUGAAACACACAUUACUCUCACCCACAUUCAAUAGAAGGAGCUAGACAUGUCUGAUGAGUGCUACAUUGUAGUCCACUAAUUGGCUAAUUCAGUGAGGUUCAACCGUCGAUGAGUCUGUUGCCACUGACCUCUUGAAAAGGCUCGCGAGUCCGCGAGGCGACAGGAGGUUACGGAGGGCAAAUAAUUAUUUUUCAAUUGCGGGAAAAAAUAAUCUCUAAAGACUGAGAAGCAGCAGACCGAUGAUGUCUCAGCGACGGGGCGCCACGUUGGCAUGGCUGGUGCUGCUGCUGGUCUCGUUCGGCUCCAGUGUGGGAGGCAUUAAGUACCAGUUGGUCGAGGAGAAGCCGCCCAACAUGCUGAUCGGCAGCUUGGCAGCAGACCAGGGGCUGCCCGAUACGGGUCACCUCUACAAGCUGGAGGUAGGCAGCCCUUACCUGCGCGUGGACGGAAAGACCGGAGACAUCUACACCACCGAGGUCCCCAUCGACAGGGAAAACCUGAAGGAGUGCCGUUAUCUGUUUGAGGGUGAUCCCUGUUACCUGGAGUUCGAGGUGUCCAUCACUGACCUCAUCAAAGGCCAGUCUCCCCGUCUGAUAGAGGGGCGCAUCGAGAUCAUGGACCUGAAUGACAACACGCCGCAGUUUUCCUCACCCAUCCUGUCGCUGUCCAUCCCAGAAAAUACGCACGUGGGCACGCUCUUCCCCAUCCCCAUGGCGACCGACAAGGACUCGGGGACAAAUGGCAUCGCCGACUACUCGCUGACCGCGCCAUCGGACGCCGACAGCCUCUUCAGCUUGCAGGUGGCGAUGGACACAGAGGAGACGCUGCCGCAGCUCAUCGUGAUUGGCAACCUGGAUCGCGAGGCGCGCGACUCCUACGACCUCAGCCUCAAGGUGGUGGACGGAGGCACGCCGCCCCGCUAUAGCAGUGCCCUGCUGCGCGUCACUGUCACCGACGUCAACGACAACCCGCCCAGGUUUGAGAGGUCCCACUACGAGGCAGAGCUGCUGGAGAACAGCCCCACAGGUCACUCCGUGUUACAGGUGAAGGCCAAUGACUCUGACAUGGGUCCCAAUGGAGAAGUGACCUACAGCCUGCACCAGGCCUCGGCUCUCGUGCAGAGGCUUCUCAACAUCGACAGGAACAGUGGCAUCAUUUACGUCAAGGGCCUGGUGGACAGAGAGGAGGUGGGUGUCCUGAAGUUCUACGUCUUGGCGAAGGACAAUGGCCCACCGGUCAAGAGUUCCAAGGUCCAGGUGACCAUCACCGUGAAGGACCAGAACGACAACGCACCCACCAUCACCAUCCGUGGUAUUGGCCUGGUGACCCACGACGACGGCGUGGCCAACAUUUCGGAGGACACGCCCGUUGGCACCCCGGUGGCGCUGGUGGAGGUGUCGGACCACGACGAGGGGGAGAACGCCAUCGUGACCUGCGUGGUGGCGGGGGACGUGCCUUUCCAGUUGACACGAGCCAGCGAUUCGGCCAAUGAGAAAAAGAGAAAGUACUUCCUUCAGACAACAACGCUGCUGGACUACGAGCGCAUCAAGGAAUACAGGAUUGAGAUUGUGGGUGUCGACUCAGGCAAUCCAGCUCUGUCAAGCACAAACUCACUGAAAGUCCAAGUCACAGACAUCAACGACAAUGCUCCGAUCUUCUCCCCUUCCCUGUAUGAAGUCGAUUUCGCAGAGGAGAACCAACCUGGUGAUAGAGUUCUGGAUGUAGUUGCAACUGAUGCAGAUAGUGGCACCAAUGCCGAACUCACUUACAGCAUAGUCAUGGACCAGUCCAUCAAAGGGCUAUUUGAGAUCAAUGCCAACACUGGUGAAGUCCGCGUUCUGAACCAACUUGACCGCGAGCACCAAGAACAGUACCAGUUCCACGUUGCUGCAUCGGACAAAGGUGUCCCAAGCCAACGGGGUACAGCCACUGUUGUGGUCCGAGUACUGGACCGCAAUGACAACGACCCCAAAUUCAUGCUGAGUGGAUACAGCUUCUCUGUCCUCGAAAACAUGCCCCCGCUCAGUCCUGUCGGCAUGGUGACAGUCAUCGAUGCAGACAAGGGGGAAAAUGCUCAAGUGAGUUUGUCGGUGGAGCCGGACAAUGGGAAGUUUAUCAUCCAAAAUGGAACGGGCACCAUCUUGUCCAGCAUCUCCUUUGACCGGGAGAAGGAGUGCACCUACACGUUCCGGCUGAAGGCGGUAGAUGGUGGCGACCCGCCACGCUCCUCCUACGUCGGCGUCACCAUUAACGUUCUGGACGAGAACGACAACGCCCCUUACGUCACCAAACCCUCCAACUCCUCGUACAAGUUCCUUCCUCCUCUCACCAGCCCUGAGACUCAUGUCGAAAGGGUCGAGGCCGAGGACAUCGACACAGGGCCCAACGCAGAGCUCCAGUACAACAUCGUCGGUGGCAAUCCUCACGGCCUGUUCCGUAUCUCCCCCAACGACGGCGAGAUCACGCUGACCAAAGAGUUCACACGCAAACACAACGGCCUUCACCGUCUUGUGGUGCGCGUCAGCGACAUGGGCAAGCCUUCACGCCACACCACCGCCCUCGUUCACAUCUUUGUGAACGAGACCAUCGGGAACGUCACCUUAGUGGAGUCCCUCGUGGGCCACAGCCUGUACACCCCACUGGACACAGACAUUGCCGGCGACCCCCACGAGUAUCUGCGCAUUCAGCAAAGCAACAUUGUGUACGGCAGCCUGGCAGGCCUGGCCGGGGUCAUCCUGGUCAUCGUGGUGGUGGUGGUCAUCAGGCAUCGGCUCCAGAAGGAGGCCAAAAGUGGCUACCAAGCGGGGAAGAAGGAGAGCAAAGACCUCUACGCCCCCAAACAGGGCCCAAAGAGCGGUAAGAGCGGCAAAAAGGGGAAGAAGCACAAGGCCCCCAAGCCCGCCAAGCCCAUAGAAGAGGACGAGGAGGCCAGCCUUCAGAAGGGUAUGAAAUUCAACCUCAUGAAUGAAAGUGUCAAUGAAAGCCCUAAGAUCCACCUGCAGCUCAACUACCCCCCGGGCAGCCCAGACCUGGGCAGGCACUACCGCUCCAACUCCCCCCUGCCCUCCAUCCAGCUUCAGCCGCAGUCCCCUUCGGCCUCCAAGAAGCACCAGGCCGUGCAGGAACUCCCGGCCACCAACACCUUUGUGGGAACGGGAGACAACAGCUCUACAGGCUCGGACCAGUAUUCGGAUUACAGGAUUACGGCCAACCCACCGAAAUACAGCAACAAACAGCUGCCGCACCGUCGAGUGACCUUCUCCACAGCCAAUCAGGCGCAGGACCUGCAGGACCCUUCUCAGCACAGCUACUAUGACAGCGGUCUGGAGGAGUCAGAGACGCCCAGCAGCAAGAGCUCGUCUGGGCCCCGCAUCGGGCCCCUGGCCCUGCCCGAGGACCACUACGAGCGGACCACCCCCGACGGCAGCAUCGGAGAGAUGGAGCACCCCGAGAACGACCUCAGGUCUCUCCCCGACGUGGCCAUGACUGGGAACUGCACGCGGGAGUGCACGGAGUUCGGCCACUCGGACGCCUGCUGGAUGCCAGGCCAGCCCUCGCCCACCCACGCCAUGAGCACCAAGGGCGCGCCCACGCUCUCCACCUUCGUGCCUUACCAGGAGCGAGACGGCCCCAUGACCAACGGCAGCCCCAAGCCCGUGCCCGAGGAGCGUGUCAGCGGCAACGGUGGUGGUGGCAGCGGAGGAGGAGGAGGAGGAGGAGGAGGAGGAAGCACCAAAGUGGCUGGCGUGCGCUUCAAGCCUCCGUACACCAGUGCCUACACGGCUGGAGGGGAGCCUGGCAAAGACUGCUCCCUGGAGGAGAUCCCUCUGAGCCAGGCGGCCGACUACUCUUCCUCCACAACCCCCUCCAGCCAGGGCUCCAAGAGGGAGAUCUACCUGUGAGGAGGGAGACAGUGCCUCCCAGAGAGGAGGUCUUGGUUGCACCCUUCAAAACCACGUCAACGCCACUAUGGCUGUUAGCUACUAUUCCCGCCCCUCUCUUAAAGCCCCAACACACAAACCCCCAAAACACACACAUAUUCACACACACACACAUACACACACACACACAUA